CCGGCGGCCCUGCUUCCACCUCCUCUCCGGUCCGCCCACCGAAAGGCCGAGGACGGUUUGGCGCCGCGCUGGGCAUGGAGGGGGAGAGCACCACGGCCCUCCUGCCGGGCUUCGUCUUCGGCGCCCUCGCUUUCCACCACCUCAGCACCGACUCGGACACGGAAGGCUUCCUCCUUGGGGACGUGAAGGGUGAAGCAAAGAACAGCAUUACUGACUCUCAAAUGGAUGAUGUUGAAGUUGUUUAUACAAUUGAUAUACAAAAACACAUUCCAUGUUAUCAGCCCUUCAGCUUUUACAACUCAACUGGAGAAUUGAAUGAGCCAGUGCUGAAGAAAAUAUUAUCAGGAUGUAAAAAGACUGUGGUAGGCUGGUACAAACUCAGGCGUAAUACUAACCAGUCAAUGACGUUCAGAGAACGGCUCCUUCAUAGACAUUUACAGACGUACCUGUCAAACCAGGGCCUUGUCUUCCUGUUGCUAACUUCCAGCGUAACUUCUUCAAGUUCAUCCACUUACAAACUUGAAUACGCCUUGCAUAAACCACAAGAAGGUCUUUUCCAGAAAGUUCCACUCAUCGUUGCCAACCUGGGAAUGGCAGAACAGCAAGGUUACCGAACUGUGUCCGGGUCUUGCGUUUCUUCUGGUUUUGGUAGAACAAUUGCAAAACACAGGUCAGAAUUUUUUAAUGAAGAUGGGUCUCUAAAAGAGGUUCAUAAGAUUAAUGAAAUGUAUGCUACUUUGCAGGAGGAACUGAAGAAUUUAUGCAGUAAAGUAGUGGAUAGUGAAAGAUCAGUAGAGAAUCUGCUAGCAGAAGUAAAUCAACUAAGACAAGAAUUAAGAAGAAAAAAAGAGCAGGUGCAAAGCGCAGCAAAGAAUAGAAGUCAGAUGAACCACCCGGAUGAACCAAAAGAGAAUAUUUUCCUUUGUCAAGCUUUGCAAAACUUUUUUCCAAAUUCUGGGCUGCAGACAAGCAUUGUUACUUUAAAAGGAAGACAGACGUCUAAGCGCUGCUGCAACAUUGACCACAACAUCAAAGUAAUGGAUCAGCUAACCUUAAUGCUCAAAGAAAGCAAUUUUCCUGAAGCUGAAACAAGGCAGGUAAUUAAACGAAAAGCUACUGUGAGUACAAGUGGACCAAAGCCGUUCAAAAGGCUCCGAUCGUUCCAGCUUCGUCGACAGCUAUUUCAAGAAGACCAAGAGAACAGUGACCAAGAAAGAAAUGCUAUGAGUAACACUGAACCAGAUGAGGACGUAACAAAAGAGCCAGAUGAACAUACGUUAUCUCCAGCUAUCUAAUCUCUUCAAGAUAAAAGCAUUUCUUCUGCCCCCACCCCGAACUGUUGUGGCCUAAAUAACUGCCAUUCCCCAUUCAUAAACAGUAUCUGAGAAAAUCCUUACAAUAUGAAAAGUUAGACAUCAAAAUUUAAACAAAACAGUGCAGAAUGCUCUUUCUCAAUAGAUUUUGCAUUGCAUAUCCGAGAAGUGGGAAACUGUUUUGGCCCCAGGGCUGGAUUUACUUCCUGGUCACUCCUGGGAUUUGGAUGAUGUAAGAGAACAUGGCUUUCCCUCCUGAAACUCCCCCCCCCACCGACCUCCCCCAAAAUCAUACGGGUCUAUUUUCGUAUGCAUAGAGGAGCACAGAGAGUCUCCCCAGUCCCUUUCUCUGUGCACAGAAAGUCUUGGAACAAUUGCGCCAUGCUUUUCUGUGCAUGGGGGGGAGAGGGUGGAGACUCGUGCUAGAGAAAGGUUGCCUUUUGCUAGUGCUGGGAUAGGGGGGAAGGCCUGAGAGGGAACUCCCACAGGCCAGAGUUUCCUGGCAUAUCCUUUAUGGGUUUAUCACUAGUGGAAGGCAGAGGCACAGAACAUGCUAAGCAUAUUUGUUUUCUUUAAAGGACUAGACUGAGAACGCAACAAUAUAUCUUGUCUUUUAAGUAACAUGCUGUACUUAAGGUGAAGUAGUUGCACUGAAGGCCAAACUCUUAUCACAAGGCAGCUGGUAGAGAAAAAGACCAAACAUUAUAAAGAUUCCAUUCACAACAUCACUUCAGAUUAUGUUCUAAUAUUUGAGCUUUUCACACCACUGCUUAUUAUUAAAAUAGUAUAUAGAUGAGCUAUGAUUUGUAACAUAAGACUACAUUUACUUGGGGGUAAGCCCCGUUGAGCAUAGUGAGACUUACUUCCAAGUAAAGAUGUCCAUAACUAGGCAUAACGAUGUGUCCCAACUUACAUAUGAAACAGCAUUUUCCUUAUGCCUGGUGGAAUUUCAAGAAACAAAGAAAUCAGGUUUACUGCUGCAAAGGUGAAGCAUUGUCAGUCACAUGAUAAUGCUGUACAGUGUUAAUAGGGUAUGUACCCUUAACGGUUUGCUUUAUACUCUAUACAACAGGAAAUAACAGUAAGGCUCAUUACUGUCAUGUUAGUAGCUUGUUUAUUAAGGUUCUAUCAGUAAUGACCACAGACCAAUUACAAAAACAAUUUUAUUAGGCACUAUUAAUAUAAUUUAUUCUGGAUAGUUGAUAUUACAUAUUUUAGGGUCACUGAGGAAAGUUGGGUCCUUAUAUGUAACGGACAUGAAUCCUGUAAUAAAAUAAUUCAAAAUUUUAAAAACGAAGACUUUUUGGGGUGGGGGGAAAAUGAAAUACUUCCACAUUUUAAAAUGAUACAUACCUAUCUUUCGGGCUCUUCUAAUAGCUUUUGCGAUUUCCUGCUGUUUUUUUUCACAUAAACCUAUGAAACCAAACAGCUAUUCUAAAUGCCAAUCUGACAAUAUCAAAUGCUUAAUUCCUAUUAGAAUCUAAAUUAAACAUUUAAGGUUGCAAUCCUAUGCACGUUUAGACAGGAAAAAAGUCUUUCGAUUCCAAGCAUUCACCAGCAAGUGUCGCUGACUAAGGAACGGUGGGAGUUGGAGGAUUUUUUUCUGUCUAAACAUGCAGAGGAUCCUAAGGAGAUUUUGAAAAGAAAAUCACACUCUGAUUAAAGUUAUGUCUCUAUUUCAGUUUUAGAAGGCAUGUAUCUGAAUAAACAUAGCUUAGAAUGCCACAUAGUUCACGAGUGUCUGGCCAUUUUAAUAGUUUUAAAUUAAAUAUGGUGAAAAAUAUUAGCUUUGAACAGAACAGUGAGACAUAACACUGCUAAAGUUUUGUUCUUUAUUACUUACCUGUUAUAUGCCUACCAUGGAUUUGACCAGUGUAUGGAGAAAUAAACUGCGAUAAAAGCUGUUGGAGGAAAAAAGAACUACAAUUAGUAAAUAUUAAACAACAUACCUUUUAUAUUUUCAA